AACUCGAUCCACUGCAUCUCCGCAUCUAUGACGUCAUCAAUUUAUACGCUAUAGAGACUUGGCUGUGUUUAUGAUAUCUAACCUUUUAAAUUUCAAUAAUUAGCCUUUUAUAAAAUUACGAUAUUACUUUUGUGCUUUUGAAAGUUCUUAAUAAUAUUUUAAGUUUUGAUUUUGUGUUAUUUCACUAUAAUUUACAUUAGUUUCCCAAACUAGAACAACCUUGAAUUUUGCCCCUUUGUGAUCUAACCAUUAUUGAUGCGACGCUUUUCUCUAAAAUUUCAAAUAAAACUAAUCUAAUCUUUGUUAUUGACGACUAGCUUUAAAUGGCUGCAAUUGUUAGUGAAUCUUCAGGAGUGAAUGGCAAUAAAAGGAGCAAGACAAAUGACCUAAAUAUUAGCACUGCUGUUGCUUUGCAAAGUUUGGCAGAACUUGCUCAUCGAGAAUAUCAAGCUGGUGAUUAUGAAAAUGCUGAGCGCCAUUGUAUGCAGUUAUGGCGGCAAGAUCCAACAAACACUGGUGUACUUUUGCUCUUAAGCUCUAUUCACUUUCAAUGCAGGAGACUUGACAAGUCUGCUCACUUUAGUACAUUAGCUAUAAAACAAAAUCCCAUGCUCGCAGAAGCAUAUUCAAACCUUGGAAAUGUGUACAAGGAAAGAGGACAAUUGCAAGAAGCUUUGGAGAAUUACCGACAUGCUGUAAGGCUGAAACCUGACUUCAUUGAUGGCUACAUCAACUUGGCUGCAGCUCUUGUUGCUGCUGGGGAUAUGGAACAAGCGGUACAGGCAUAUGUAUCUGCACUCCAAUAUAAUCCUGACCUGUAUUGUGUCAGGAGUGAUUUAGGUAAUCUAUUGAAAGCAUUAGGAAGACUAGAUGAGGCCAAGGCAUGUUAUUUGAAAGCCAUCGAAACUUGUCCUACAUUUGCUGUUGCUUGGAGUAAUCUUGGAUGUGUAUUCAAUGCUCAAGGUGAAAUUUGGUUGGCUAUUCAUCAUUUUGAGAAGGCUGUUGCGUUGGAUCCAAACUUUUUAGAUGCUUACAUUAAUUUAGGAAAUGUUUUAAAAGAAGCAAGAAUAUUUGAUAGAGCUGUAGCAGCUUACCUCAGAGCACUGAAUUUAAAUCCUAGUAAUGCAGUUGUCCAUGGAAACUUAGCCUGUGUUUAUUAUGAACAAGGCUUAAUCGACUUAGCAAUAGAUACUUAUCGACGGGCUAUUGAGUUGCAGCCUAAUUUCCCUGAUGCUUACUGUAAUUUGGCUAAUGCUUUAAAAGAGAAAGGCCUAGUUUCUGAAGCAGAAGACUGUUACAACACUGCACUAAGGCUGUGUCCUACUCAUGCAGAUUCCCUAAACAACUUGGCAAACAUCAAACGUGAGCAAGGUUUCAUUGAGGAGGCUACACGAUUGUACCUGAAAGCAUUAGAGGUAUUUCCAGAGUUUGCAGCUGCUCAUUCAAAUUUGGCUAGUGUUCUUCAGCAACAAGGAAAAUUAAAUGAAGCCCUUAUGCAUUACAAAGAAGCAAUUAGGAUUUCUCCAACUUUUGCUGAUGCUUACUCAAACAUGGGUAACACUCUGAAAGAAAUGGGUGACAUUCAAGGAGCUUUGCAGUGUUAUUCACGAGCUAUUCAGAUAAAUCCAGCUUUUGCAGAUGCACACAGUAACUUAGCAUCAAUUCAUAAAGAUUCUGGCAACAUUCCUGAAGCUAUACAAUCCUAUAGAACUGCACUGAAGUUAAAACCUGAUUUCCCUGACGCUUAUUGUAACCUUGCUCACUGUUUGCAAAUUGUUUGUGACUGGACUGACUAUGAAGCACGCAUGAAAAAAUUAGUUUCAAUUGUUGCUGACCAACUGGAAAAAAAUAGAUUGCCAUCUGUACAUCCUCAUCAUAGCAUGUUAUAUCCUUUAACACAUGAGUUUAGAAAAGCCAUUGCUGCCAGACAUGCAAAUCUGUGCCUUGAAAAGAUUCAAGUUUUGCAUAAACCUCCAUACCAAUAUCCAAAAGAACUGAAAGGAAAAAUUUUAAAAGUUGGUUAUGUAAGUUCUGAUUUUGGCAAUCAUCCUACUUCACACUUAAUGCAGAGUGUACCUGGUAUGCAUAAUCUAGAUAAAGUAGAGAUAUAUUGCUAUGCUUUGAGCCCAGAUGAUGGAACAACAUUCCGUUCUAAAAUUGCUCAAGAAGCUCAUCAUUUCAUUGAUUUAUCGCAGAUUCCUUGUAAUGGCAAAGCUGCAGAUCACAUUUUUAAUGAUGGUAUACAUAUUUUGGUUAAUAUGAAUGGUUAUACAAAAGGAGCAAGAAAUGAAAUAUUUGCCUUAAGACCGGCUCCAAUUCAGGUGAUGUGGCUUGGUUAUCCUGGAACAAGUGGAGCUCCAUUUAUGGACUACAUUAUCACUGACAAAAUUACAUCACCUCUUGGUCUGGCUCUUCAAUAUUCUGAAAAAUUAUCUUUUAUGCCUGAUACAUUCUUUGUUGGAGACCACAAGCAAAUGUUUCCUCAUUUAAUCGAACGAGCUAUCAUUGAUGAUAAAAGUUUAACAGGAAAUAAAGAUGUUCCUGACAAUGUCAGCAUUGUCAAUGCAACCGACCUCUCCCCAAUCAUUGAGAAGGCUGAAGUAAAAAAAAUUCGGGAAGUUGCUGUUACCACCACCAUGGCAUCUGAAAAAGAGGAAGCAAAGAUAGAAAAGUUUGAAGUUGUGAAAACAGUUAUUGAAUUACCUACCAUACCAGUUCAGAACAUGAUUAGCACUGGCCAAGUUCAAACUUCUGUGAAUGGCAUUGUUGUUCAAAAUGGUCUUGCUACCAAUCAGAUCAAUAACAAAGCUGCAACUGGUGAAGAAGCACCCAAGAGCAUUUUAGUAACCUCACGACAACAGUAUGGUCUACCUGAAGAUGCAAUAGUAUACUGUAAUUUUAAUCAACUUUAUAAAAUUGACCCAGCUACUUUACAAGUAUGGGUGAAUAUAUUGAAGAGAGUGCCUAAUAGUGUGCUGUGGCUCUUAAGAUUUCCUGCAGUUGGUGAGCAAAAUAUUAUUGCUUCUGCUACACAGCUUGGUUUGCCCCAAAAUAAAAUUAUAUUCUCAAAUGUGGCUGCAAAAGAAGAGCAUGUCCGUCGUGGGCAGCUUGCAGAUCUUUGUUUAGACACUCCUUUGUGUAAUGGACAUACAACUGGUAUGGAUGUUCUGUGGGCUGGUACUCCCAUGGUUACACUUGCCGGUGAAACUCUUGCUUCCAGGGUUGCAUCCUCUCAACUUACAUGCUUAGGUGUACCUGAGCUUAUUGCCCACUCUCGCCAGGAAUAUGAAGAUAUUGCAGUUCGACUAGGAACUGAUAAAGAUUACUUGAAAGCUAUCAGAGCCAAAGUUUGGUCAGCAAGAACAGAAAGUCCUCUAUUCAAUGUAAAAACCUAUGCAACUAACUUAGAAAGACUAUUUUAUGCUAUGUGGGCCAGAUAUGAAAGAGGAGAAAAACCCAAUCAUAUUACAGAAUUAGCAAAUUAAAAAGUGAUCAUUUAUUAUAUCGAUAUAUAUUUAUGAAUGAUGUGAAGAAAAGAUGUGUUAUGUGUCUGUUUUACUUGUGUAAUAAAUAUUUGAAAAUGCCUUGUUCCUCAUGUGGAGUACAUGCUUUGUAUUAUAUGAAUGAUUCAACUCACAACUGUCUAUAAUCAUUAUCCUGUUAGUUAGCUUUAUUCGAAUUUCAAUUGAGACUUGUAAUUAAAUGUGCUGUCAUGGUUGAAUAAAUAAAAUUAUUAAGAACUUUU